AUGGGUGACAUAAGUGAGUGGUGGGCAUUGGACGGUUCUCAAGUCAGGGUAAAGUUUGUGACACCUGACUCGUACAAGACGCUUUGCCCAAUUGAGUCGGAUGCUGACUUUCAACGCAUGUGCCAUAUACAUCAUACUUUCAACAAAACCAUUGUCGACAUCAUCAUCGAGGACGCGAGUGGGUCAAUGGAUGACAACUCGGGCUCAUUGAUUCCAUCGGACGCCUUCUCAGCAAGUAUGAACGCAGAUGUCGAGACAUAUCUGUCCCAACAUCCUCCGGCAAGGGCGCUCAGAAUUGUUCAAUCUUCACAAACACUUGAUAGGGUGAGCGUAAAAGUUGGUCAGCGCUUUGACAAUGUAGAGCAAUUCAAAGAUUGCCUACGCAGCAACGCUAUAACACAAAAUUUUGAUUUUACGUUUAUAAAAAAUCAUAAACUUCGGGUGACCGUCAAGUGCGCUGCUCCCAAUUGCCAGUGGCGUGUGCAUGCAUCGAAAGAAGGAAACGUUGACACUUUCCGGGUGAAGACAAUGCAGGCAACACACAGUCGCGGUGGGGGCAUUGGUACAACAGCGCACCCGAAAGCAAGCAAAAAAUGGGUCUCUCAACGUGUAAUACAAAAACUCAAGGAGCGGCCAUUAUAUAGAGCUGUCGACAUUCAUAAAGAUAUAUUACAGGACCAAGGAGUUCGCCUACCAUAUAAGCAUGCUUGGAUGGGAAAGGAGAUUGCACGGGCCGCCAUUCAUGGUAAGGAGGUUAGUAGUUACGAUUUGCUUCUCUGGUAUGUGGACAAAGUGGCUGAGACGAAUCUCGGUAGUUUUAUAAUCGUUGAAAAUGACGGUGAUCGAUUUAAACGCGCUUUUUUCUCGUUUCGGGCAUGUUUGUUGGGUUUCAAGUUGGGAUGCAGGCCAUUACUUUUUAUUGACGGAACUCACUUGCUUGGCAAGUACGGUGGGAUUCUGUUGGGUGCAACUGCCAAAGAUGGCAAUGAGGGUAUCUUCCAUGUAGCAUUCGCAGUAGUUGACAAUGAAAUAGAUGAUAAUUGGACUUGGUUUCUUGCUACCCUCGAGGAGGCAUUGUAUGGAGAAGAUGAUUACGACAAAGUUAUUAAAUUUAUCUCGGAUCGAUCGAAAGGUCUUGUUAACGCAGUCGCGCGCGUGUUCCCGUCAUCACCACAUGGUUAUUAUUUGCGCCAUUUGGAAGCCAACUUCAUAAAGGCGAACGACAGCCUUGGGAAAUCAUUGAAAGAACAAUGUUGUUCAGUAAUCGUAAAAAUUGCGUACGCGUACACGUCUAAAGAGUUUGAUGAUGCAGUACGUGAACUUGUAACUAUAUCGACCGAUACACAUGAUUGGUUGUUACACAAGUCCGACAUUGAUCAUUGGUGUAACUAUUUGUUCAAGGGUAUGCGGUGGUGCGAAAUGUAUUCUAAUGUAGCAGAGUCUUUCAAUGCCUGGAUCAAAGAGGCAAGGCAUCUACCGGUAACAAGCAUGGUCGAUACCAUAAGGUUUAAACUGAUGAAAAUGCUUACUGAGCGGCGCGAAGUGUCUGCCAUGUGGGACACAUACCCUUGCCCUGAGAUACGCAAAAAGGUUGAACAAAUCAUCGAAAUCAGUCGGUUUUCGAGGGUGGAUCGAUCAAGUGAUGACACUUACGAAGUGGUUGAUGAGCACAAUAAUGUCGUCAACCUACGCUUACGUAAAUGUUCUUGUAGGAGAUGGGACGUACAUGGACUGCCAUGCAAGCAUGAAACUGCUACGAUUAUGCAAACAGACACAAAUGUUCACUGCUAUGUCAACCAAUAUUUUACAACAGAAUCGUAUCAUCGUGCAUAUGCCGAACCAAUAUACCCGAUCCCUGACAGUGACAAGCCAUCGGAUGACGACCGUUAA